AUGGUUCCCCGAAAAUCUCCGCUUCGAUGGUACAACCUAUACAUAUCCGAGGACGGGUUGAUAAGAGUUGGAAGACGACUGAAGCAUUCAGCGGAAUCCGAAGAAACGAAGCACCCAGUUGUUUUGCCAGCUAGGCAUCAUUUUACGCAAAUCAUUAUAAGGUACUACCACGAGAAGCUGCUUCAUGCAGGACCGCAACUACUAUUAGGAGCUGUAAGACUCCGCUAUUGGCCAUUGGGCGGAAGGAAUCUCGCUCGCUACAUUGUGCAUCACUGCCAGAGGUGUUUCCGAGCAAAGCCGUCUGCAAUCCAACAAUUUAUGGGAGAGCUGUCAUCAGCACGGGUCACCGUAUCUCGUCCGUUCUCACGAACGGGCGUUGUCUACUUUGGACCACUUUACCUAAGGGUAGCCCCACGACGACCAGCAGUGAAGGCCUAUGGUGCAAUCUUCGUUUGCAUGUGUACGAAGGCGGUACACUUAGAGCUUGUAAAUGACCUAUCUACCGACCGAUUUCUGCAAGCAUUGCGGAGAUUCAUCUCAAGAAGAGGAAUGUGCACGGAUCUUUACUCCGACAAUGGCACUAAUUUCGUCGGAGCUCGAAAUAAACUACGAGAAUUCCUGAUUUUAUUGAAAAAUAGUAGUCACCAUAGUCGAGUUUCGAAGGAAUGUGCCAAUCAAGGGAUUCGAUGGCAUUUUAAUCCCCCCAGUGCGCCCCACUUCGGAUGUUUGUGGGAAGCCGCCGUACGAUCUGCUAAAAUCCACCUGCUUAAGGUUCUAGGCGAAAGUGUUGCGACUCCCGAGGAUAUGAGCACUCUACUCGUCCAAAUAGAGGGGUGUCUCAAUUCAAGGCCAUUGACACAGAUGUCUGAGGAUCCAAACGACUUAGAGCCAUUAACGCCUGCCCUCUUCUUGAUCGGAACUUCUCUGCAGGCGAUCCCGGAAGAAAAUAUAGAAGCAGUUCCCAGUAAUCGUUUGAACAAAGGCAGUUGA